AUGGACUACACCACCAAGAAACACGACUCUUUUCCAUCUACUAAAACGACUCUUUCUUACUGGAUUGGCGAGGCUGAUCCCAAGUACGCUAAGCACCGUACAACAUCUCAGCUGCCUGAAGAAAUUGAUAUCCUGAUCAUUGGUGCAGGUUACAGCGGUGCUGCUGUUGCGUACAACUUGCUAUCCCAUCAGAAGACAAAGGAAAAAGUUCUCCUGCUGGAUGCUAGAGACCUGUGCUCCGGAGCUACUGGAAGAAACGGUGGACACAUAAGAAGUUACUACCAUCAUGAUCAGUAUGAGUUCACCAAAAAGUAUGGCGCAAAGAUUGCUGCUGACAUCUCUUUAUUUGAACACUACGAGCUCGAUAAAGUUGAGAGUCUGGUGAAGAAACACAAUAUUGAUUGUGAUUUCGUUAUGAGAAAAGCCUAUCAGACGUACGAUGAUCCAUCGAUCGCUCGUGAAGGAUUGAGAGACUACUACUAUUUCUUACAAAACCCUCACAUUCCUAAGGAUGUUAAGGACUCUGUUAGGCUUGUCUUUGACGAACAAUCAAGGGAAGAGCACGAGCGCACUGCUUUUGGAGUCUACACUCCAACUUCUUCUGUUUGGCCAUACAAGCUCGUUUGCGGGCUCAUUGAGAUAGCACUUUCGAAGGGCCUGAAUCUUCAAACUAACACCCCAGUUGAAGAGUUGCAGAGAAUGGACGAUAACACCUGGGUUGCCAAAACCUGUCGUGGUAACGUGCACGCUAAGAAAGUCGUCGUCACCACGAAUGCUUACACCAGGUCGAUCUUGCCAGAAUUUUCUGCUAAGAUUCUUCCAGUCAAGGGUGUCGUGUCUCAUUUGAAGACCGAGUCCAACAAAACCUUGAAAACUAACAUGAUCCACGGAUUACCAGAGGAGAUCGACUACAUCAGUGUCCGUCAGGACGGAUCAUUGAUCAUUGGUGGAGGUGCUUCCAGUUAUUCCUCAUACCAUCUCAAGCAAACAAUGGUGAACAAUACUGACGACUCCUACUUCCCCAAAGAGGCAGGAGAGCAUUUUGUUGGGUACCCUAAUAGAAACUACAAGUCUCUUGAAACCGUGAAAUUUGUCAAUGAUUACACAUGGACAGGAGUCAUGGGAUUCACUGAGGACAAUUUCCCAUUUGUGGGAGACAUGACUCCGUUUGGACGUCCAAACAUGUUCAUUUCUGCCGGAUUCACCGGUCAUGGUAUGCCCCGGAUUUUAAGUUGCUCCACGUACCUGAGUGAGCUGAUCCUCGGCAAGAAGCCAAAAACCGAAAUUCCAGAGCCAUUCAAAAUAUCGCUGGAUCGAAUGAGUCGUGUCGAUACUCCAUACUUCGAGCGUUUGCUCGGUGCCUCAGCUAAUACCAAGCUAUAA